AAAAUGAGCUAACUAAGAGGAGAGAGAGAAGAGAGAGAACUGAAGAAAAGAGGAGAACAGAGACGUAGAGCUGUGGGUCGGCGGAAGUGGUGAGCUACCGACGGCGACAAUGAGCGAUUCUCCGACGGAAAGCUCAAUUAGUGACGCCGCAGUGCGCAAUUAUACAAUUUUCGUAACGGCAACAUCACUCCGUCGCGCUUUUUUCGGAUUAACCGCCACCACCGUCGGAAGUCCCUGCCUCAGCCUUUGAGUGACCGCCGAGGCCAAGUAUGUAGGUUAGAAGUAAUGGAGUCGGUGGAACUGAAUUCGAUCAUAAGAGAUACUGCUUUUGAUUACGGCGGUGUUUUUAGAUUUUCGUUAGUUGACGAUGAUAUUCUGCCGUGAUCAUAUUGUUUGUUAGCCCUUCCAGAAUGGUAGGCCGAUUGUGUUUUUCAGGUUUUGUUGUUGGAGAUUAUAUAUUGCCCUAGAAAUAAAUACCGCUUGCAUUCUACGAUUUAAUCUUCUUACAUUAUGUUUCCCUUUUGUCAGUUGGCAUAGUGUUGAUUUUCCCUCUCAUUUCGUGUCUAUUUCUGAAGGAAUAUGUGUUCUACGACUCGCCAAACUUUAGGUGUUACUUAGGCUAAUGAUUUGGCAGAAAGAAGCUAGUGAUUGAAUUGAUUCCGAGGAGAUUGGAGAUGCAUUCGAUAGGGCCACCUCUAUGUGAACAUUGGAAAUAAGUAUGGUGUAUGAUUGGUGUUGAGAUUCUUCUUUCCCAAAGUAUAAGUACAAGGCAAUAAGUAGAUCCUGCACGCACACAGCUCGUGAAGUAGCCUUGUUAAUUUAGAUAAUUGAACUCGUAAAAGUUGCACUGAGUUUCUCACUGGAACAAGUUGAUGCGUUAAAAUGAGGUGAUAUGCAUUAUCAGCUUUACAAAUUCAGGAAAAUUUUGAAGAGAUUUCAGAAGAAAGCUAAAGUAUUAUCCCUUUAUAAUGCACAGAGUUCUUUUCUGUACUACUCAUUUCAAUUGACUGCGUUGGUACAUUUUACAUAUGAUUACUUAACCUUCAUGGGCCCGUGAAUUUGAAACUAACAGUUAAGAUAAGUUGGUUAGUGUGAAGCAAAUUCUGUGACUUUUUUGUAUUAUCAUCUAUUAUACUUCAUGGUAAUGGAAUUAUUUUUUUUGGUGUCAAAUAGUUAUCUUUUGGAUAUACUCAAUGCGUGUUUGAAGGGACUCAAGAGUGCAUGGUUUUUCCACGAUGCCACACUUAUUAGCGCCAUAAAUACUCUUUUUACAACGACGGACUAUGAUUGUGCCUUUUUUUUUUUUCCAUUUUAAGUUUCUUCAUAAUGGGAUCCAAAAAAAAAAAAAAAAGAAGAGAGAGUAAUUUAAUAAAGGCAUUUUAGUUUCCCCAAGUGAAAUGUGUAUAAUGAGUUAGCCAUGUGGAGGGAAGGGCACGGAGACCAAUUAUGUGAGUUGGUAAGGGCAAUAUCGUCUUCUUGUUUUAAUUUCGCAUUCCUUAAACCCUCCUCCCCGCUCUCCCUCUCUCUAUAAAUAUCCUAAGUUUCUUGCCAUUGAUAGAGGGAUUAGGUUUUCCUGUUUAGCUUUGAUUCCAUUAAUGAUUCGCGGCUGCCUGAGAAAGAUGGAAAAUCAAGCCCCCCUGGAUCCUUAACCAGAGCACGAGCCGGUGUAAGACAUCUUACCGAUCUCUUUAUAAGUCUAAACAAUCAACCCUGCGUUAUUUUAUGAAUCACGACUGGCUGCUUGGCUCUGUUGCACUAGGUACGAAAUCUAAGACAUAGAUUGCUCAUUGAAUUGCUUUCUUUUCCUGUCUGUUGAGAAGGAAAAGUUGCCGACCCAACCAAUUUAUUGCCAAUUAUACUUUGAUGAGUGAGUUUGAGUUUUUCUGAUCUCUUCCUUGGCAAGAAAACCGUUACGAAAGUUCUUUAAAUCUAGGGUAAAUUUGUACUUUUAAUCGACUUAAACUGUAAAUUAAUUGGAAUUGGUGAGGUUGUGUUAUGAUGGAUUGUAAUCAAGGAAGUGGUUUUGCUGAUGGAAAUGUGGUUCAGUUUGAAUCUGGAAACCUAGAAAAUGAUGUCAAUGAAAACCCCUGUCUCGGAUCCAUUGAUCGAGCAGUCUCAGCCAUUGAGGAUGGUAUUCAGAACAGAGAAACCUCUGUCGACAUUAAUCCAAUGUCAAAUCAGGAGGGAACCCUAUCCCAGUUUGGAGUGGGAAGUGAGCCGCAGAAUAAAAGGCCUAGAAGUUCCCUCAUGGUGGAUUUAAUGGCUUCUGAUCGCUCAAAGGUUAUAAAGAUGCUCUACAAGACAAAACUCUGCAAAUUCCGAAAUGGCAAUUGUUUAGCCAAGAACUGUAAUUACGCACACAGUUCUGAGGAACUUAGGGAACCACCUAAAUGGCAGGAAAUUUUUGCUGAACCACCAAAGGAGGAAGAUCUCGAAUUAUCAGAGACGAGGGAAGUGUUUCCGAUACCAGUUGUGGAGUUAAGUGGCGAGACACAGGGAAUUUCUAUGAGGCAAUAUUGCCUAAAUUACUAUACCGAAGAAGGUUGUUUGUAUGGUGAAAAUUGUAAUUUCAUUCACGAAGAGCAUGAUCGAGAAUCUGUGGCGAUAUGUUUGCUUCCUGGCAAUGAUUGUGUAUCUGAGGAGGGCAAUGUGAGUAAACCAAUUGUGAGGUUUGCUAAUUGGAGAACAAGGCUUUGCACGAAGUGGGAGCGGACAGGGUGCUGUACCUUCGGCAGCGAGUGCCAUUUUGCUCAUGGAACUGCAGAGCUUCAACGCUAUGGUGGAGGACCAGUGUACGGAGCAGUUAAUGAUUCCCCUGUACUUGCUGCCAAGGCUUCUGCAAGAAGAAGGUUGCCGAACUUGAUUCACAAGACUGGAGAGAUACCUUCUCGGAAAUGGAGCGGUCCCGAAAAAAUUAGCAAGAUAUAUGGAGAUUGGAUUGAUGAUCUUCAGUAGUCGGCUUUCCAAUUAAAAUCGACAGUUUUUUUUUUUUUUUUUUUUAAUAAUUAUUAUUAUUGCUAGACAUCAAUGAAUUUCCUUUAAAUUUAUUGAGAGAUUGGAUUGAUGGUCUUCAGUCAGUGGCCUUUUGCAAACAAAUGACUGUUUGUUUUAUUUUUUAAGACUUGAAAGAUUUUCCUUCAAAUUUAUGUUAACAUUUUGACUUGUGUUAUAGUUCUAUGUUGUAU